AUGUCUUUUCCAAGAUCAAGAAUAAUCAAUGAUAGAGACAUUGAAGAGUACUUGUCUGCUCUGGAAGGAGGAUAUCUGUCAGAAGAUGGCAUGGAAAUGUCUGAUACGGAAGAUAAUGAGGAAAGUAUCUUUUACACCAACAGAAAUGAACCACUGCAAGACGUAGAGGAUGAUGAUAAUCUGGAAAAUGAACCUACUUUACAUGAAGAACAAGUUGAUGUGCAUGAUCCCCCUCUGAUUCUAGAAACUGUGGCAUCUAAAACAGGAGAAAACUCUGCUUGUUCGACUUGGGUGUUAGACAAGAGGAAGCUGAUUUGGAAGAAGAGUACACUUCAGUUUUCUGAGUCAAAUAUUGAAUUUGAAGGAAGCACUGAUCUAGACAAAAAAGAGAUGAUGAAAAAAAAUACCCCUAGGGGUACUUAUGAAGAAAGAACAGCAUCAUAUGACGGAAUUGAUUUAGCUUGCAUAGCAUGGAAGGACAAUAAAAUAGUGACUAUGUUAUCAAGUUACGUAGGAGCAGAGCCUGUUUCAACCGUCAAAAGGUUUGAUAAAAAGACGAGGGAAAGAGUUGAUAUAUUGUGUCCAAAGUCCAUUACAGAAUAUAACAGUCAUAUGAGGGGUGUUGACUUGUUAGAUAGUUUCUUGGAUAGAUAUCACAUAAGAGUAAAAUCUCGCAAAUGGUAUAUUCGUAUAUUUUUCCAUUUGUUUGAUCUGGCUGUUAUCAACUCCUGGAUUAUAUAUAAAAAUAAUGCAAAAAAAGAAAAUGUUGCAAAAAAGAACAUUUUAAACUUAGGUGAGUUCAGAAACGAGCUGGCCUAUGUUUUAUGUAACUCAGGCACAAAUGAAAAUAAAAGAGGUCGGCCUAGCUCUUCCAGCCUGGAGCAGGAGUUGCAAGCUAAGAAGAAGAGGUUACAAUCAAACCAAUCCCUCCAUUGGAUAUACGGAUGGAUGGUCUUGGGCACUGGCCAGAUGUUGGUGUGUCGCUUCGUUGUAAGUAUCCACAUUGUACAGGAUACACCACCAUAA